GAGGACGCCCCAAUGGUCGACUCUCAAGGCGGUCAGUCCGCAUCACCUUCAACUCCGAAAAAAAACCCGCACCAAACAGACUGCAACCACCAACGACCAUGUUUUCUAGCACAACACGCUCCUUGAUUGGGGCUAGCAAGCGCUUGCGGGUGCCUAUGCCCAUUCGCUCACUAUCAACUCCGAGCCAGCCCAAUGCGCCAUCCACCGAGAAGGCGACUACACCUUCCCAGACCGAGCCCAAGCCGACUCCCACACCUGUCGCUCCCACGAACACUGAGCAACCCUCCGAACUGCCCGUGAAGGAAUGGUCCGAGCGGUUAGAAGCUUUCGGUGAACACGCCCGACUUCCCCGAAGCGUCCAGGCCCUCUAUCUGCGUCCCCUGCGGAGGAAGGCGGAGCACGGCCUCCCCGUAUGCGACCUUCAACUGCGAUCCUACAGCGUGCAGAACCUGGAGUUCUUCGCCGACUUUGCCAUCCGUGCCGCCUACUACCUGAACCUCCCCGUCUCCGGCCCCGUGCCCCUCCCCCGUAUCACCGAACGCUGGACCGUGACUCGCAGUAACUUCGUACACAAGAAGAGCAAGGAAAACUUUGAGCGGAUCACGCUCCGUCGUCUGAUCCAGAUCAAGGAUGGUAACCCGCAGGCGGUCCAGGCAUGGCUGGCUUUCCUUCGGAAACACGCCUUCCACGGAGUCGGCAUGAAGGCCAACGUAUGGGAGAAUGAGAGCCUGGAUGCCGCCAAGGCACUGGAUGCCUCACUCCCCGAGAUUCAAAAGACCGUGGGCCCACACCUCGCACAGUUCGGACAACGACAGGACAACUCCAUCAAGGAGACUAUCUUCGAUGCGUUGGACAGCGACCGAUUUGCCGAGCGCAAGAACCUGUAAAUCGGAUAGGAGAUUUUGGAUUGUUGCUCGAGCUUUGCAUAAUUCGUGUGUGUGCUUAUUUGGGAAACACCCGGGCGUCAUGUAGUUUUAUAUCGUCAUUAUCUUUGGCCUUUUGUGGCUCUGGCCAGGCCCAUCUGUACUCUACUUUGAUUAUAGCCGUCUCUCAUUGAAGAACUGGAGUCUGCCUUUUUUGAUGCA